GUGAAGGCGCUCUUCGUCGGGCAAGGACCAUCAGGGUGACGUGCGCUCACCACGAAGAUCGCUGCCGCCCUCACCACAGGCGCGGUGGGCAUAGCCAUCGCCAACCCCACGGACCUGGUCAAGGUGCGCCUGCAGUCCGAGGGGCGUCUCCCGCCCGGCACGCCCAAGCGCUACUCGGGGCGCUCAACGCGUAUGCCACCAUCGCCAGACAGGAGGGCGUGGCGGCACUGUGGACGGGCGUGGGGCCCAACAUCGCGCGCAACGCCAUCAUCAACGCGGCGGAGCUCGCCAGCUACGACCAGAUCAAGCAGUCGCUGCUGAAGGUGCCAGGCUUCGGCGACAAUGUGGUGACGCAUCUCAUCGCGGGGCUGGGCGCCGGCUUCUUCGCCGUCUGCAUCGGCUCGCCAGUGGACGUGGUGAAGUCGCGAGUGAUGGGCGACAGCACGGGGCAGUACAAGGGCACGGUGGACUGCUUCGUCAAGACCUUCAGAAACGAUGGUCUGCUGGCGUUCUACAAGGGCUUCAUCCCCAACUUCGGUCGCCUGGGCUCCUGGAACGUCAUCAUGUUCCUCACCCUCGAACAGGUGAAGAAGAACUUCCUCACAGAGGUGCCUCACCAAUGACACUGCCCUGCUACCUACGCCUUACGUCCUCGAAUAUUACAUAAUCACGUCGACAACAAAUAUACCUACACCCGGAGCACUAGAAGUUUUUUUGUUUUACCAGGCAAGAGCCGAGGUCUGUCUUAUCUUCUCCCAAACAUGCUUCUUAGAUAGCGCUACUCAACAGUCAGAAAUUCAAGGGCCGUCAGUCCGAUACAUCAGCAAUGACACUUGACUAAACCGGUUUUUACACCAUGAGUGUCGAGUGACCUGCUAGGGUUACCCUUGAGAAGAUCCUUGGGAAGGGCCACAGGUGUAGAGCCUGGGGGGGCUAUUGGUGCAUUGACAUGUUGUAUCAAGCCCUUCUAACUUUGUGGUUUCUGGCUG